UUCAAUAUUUACUUAGCAAGUCAUCAAUCAAACCAACCAACCAAACAACGAAGCAUCUCCAAACACACUGUUAUAUUCAUUCAAUCAUUCAAUCAUCCAAUCAUAAAGGACCCCACCUAUCCCAUCCUCAUCUUCUGAGGGGUAGUAGUGUGGGUGUCUUCUCAACGCUCGGAGACAAAGAAGGAUCGCAAUCAUGACAGCCAACCGUGAGCAAAAUCUCGUCGUGAAGCGCAAGCCUUCAGAGGAACCAAACCGCCCCCCUAACACCAAAAGAGACACCAAAAGAAUUAAGAAAUCUCACAAUGAGUCUACAGAACUGGGGCUGGAUGUUAAACCUCCAGAUACAACUUGGAGAGUUCCUUUCCCAGACAAGCCUGCAGUUAUAGAGGAAAGAAACGGGGACAUUGAGUUCCGAGUUGUCAACAACGAUGGCACCAGAGAGAGUUGGAUUAUUCUUACAGGGCUCAAAUGCCUCUUUCAAAAGCAACUCCCGAAAAUGCCCAAAGAUUAUAUUGCACGCCUGGUCUAUGAUCUCACCCAUACAUCCAUCGCCAUCGUGAAAAUGCCUUUAGAGGUUAUUGGUGGAAUAACUUUCCGAGAAUUCCGACCUCACAAGUUUGCCGAAAUCGUGUUUUGCGCAGUCUCGUCCGACCAACAAGUGAAGGGAUACGGAGCACAUCUUAUGGCCCAUUUGAAGGAUUACGUGAAAGCUACUUCCCCCGUAAUGCAUUUUCUCACUUACGCUGAUAAUUAUGCUACCGGAUAUUUCCAGAAGCAAGGCUUCACUAAAGAGAUCACCCUUGAUAAGAAGCUCUGGAUGGGAUAUAUAAAAGAUUACGAAGGAGGGACCAUCAUGCAAUGUUCCAUGCUUCCCCGGAUCCGUUAUCUUGAAGCUGGUCGCAUGCUCCUUAAAGAGAAGGAAACCGUGUUGGCCAAAAUUCGUGCCGUGAGCAAAAGUCACAUUAUCCAUCAACCACCUGCGCAAUGGGCCAACGGUACUCUUACUCCAAUUGAUCCACUCUCAAUUCCUGCUAUUCAGGCAACUAGCUGGUCUCCCGAAAUGGACGAAUUAGCACGAGAACCGCGCCACGGUCCCCGUUUCAACGAACUUCGUCGUUUUCUAUACCAAAUUCAAAACCACAAACAAGCGUGGCCGUUCCUAAACCCGGUUAACAGAGAUGAAGUCCCUGACUAUUACAAUGUCAUUGCAUCACCAAUGGACCUUUCCACCAUGGACGAAAGGUUACAGAAUGAUCAAUAUCAUACCCCGAAAGAACUUGUCGACGAUCUCAAAUUAAUUUUUACUAAUUGUCGGAAGUAUAAUGAUGGAACAACGGUAUACUCGAAAUGUGCGACUCGACUAGAAAAGUACAUGUGGAGUCUCAUUAAGGAGAUUCCAGAGUGGUUUGACCUACUAGAAGAAUGAUUGGUAUUACCUAUGUGUAAUACAUGGAACGUUUGUAUCAACUUUAUUAAUUUACACUAAGAAUGUGAUUUCACUCACCUUUAUCUAUGU